AGCUACAGAGAUGGAGAGAGAGGAACAGAACAAACAAACAAUGCGCUCAUCCACAACAUUGAUAAGUAUAAUAAUUAUUGUAUCUCUCAAAUAUGAACAUUGACAAGUGUGAAAUGCAUGCACCAAGACAGAAGUUAAUUUGUGUGUCGACCCACAUUGUUAACUUAUCUUAUAAUGGCGCAGGGAGGAGUGAUGAAUAUGUGUGUGCGUUAAAGAACCAAAUGCUGCCCGCGGCCAGUGACGGACUUCUACGUCACAGACAUACACAGUAAAAAGGGGACUCUUUGAAUUGAUUUUGUUCAAUGUGGAUACAAAACAACACAGAGGAGCAGAGAGAGAAAAAAAACAUGUUUGGACAAGGAAGAGGCGUAGUUGGACCAGGGAGAGAAGUAGCUGGACCAGGCAGAGGAGUAGUUGGACAAGGACAAGUGAGAAGGAGAGGUAGGGGGAGAGGAGUAAGAAUGCGUGGUGGUGUUCAAAGGAGAGUAUGAGCUGUUGUCACUGAUGAAAUAAGAGCCACCAUCAUAGACCAUGUGAUAAAACAUGGUCUAUCACUGAGAGAGGCUGGUGAAAGAGUCCACUCUAAUACCAUGGCCUAUCACUGAGAGAGAUUAGUGAAAGAGUCCAGCCUAAUACGAUGGUCUAUCACUGAGAGAGAUUAGUGAAAGAGUCCAGCCUAAUACCAUGGUCUAUCACUGAGAGAGGCUGGUGAAAGAGUCCAGCCUAAUAUGAUGGUCUAUCACUGAGAGAGGCUGGUGAAAGAGUCCAGCCUAAUACGAUGGUCUAUCACUGAGCGAGGCUGGUGAAAGAGUCCACCCUAAUAUCAUGGUCUAUCACUGAGAGAGGCUGGUGAAAGAGUCCAGUCUAAUACCAUGGUCUAUCACAGAGAGAGGCUGGUGAAAGAGUCCAGCCUAAUACCAUGGUAUAUCACUGAGAGAGGCUGAUGAAAGAGUCCAGUCUAAUACCAUGGUCUAUCACAGAGAGAGGCUGGUGAAAGAGUCCAGUCUAAUUCCAUGGUAUAUCACUGAGAGAGGCUGGUGAAAGAUUCCAGCCUAAUACCAUGGUCUAUCACUGAGAGAGACUGUUGAAAGAGUUGUAUUUUUGUUCCUCUAAAGGACGCAACGUCUUCCUCCCUCUGGGGGAAGAGGAAAGUUCCUCAGUGAAGACCAAGAGCAUGCCAUUGUAGGAUUGGUCAUUGCUGACAAUGCAAUAAAACUGAGAGAAAUUCAGACCAUUGUAGAGGACAACCUGGUAUUUCACAAUGUGGAAAUCAUCAGCCUGACUACCAUUGUUCAGACUCUGACCAAACAUAGAGUUCGAAUGAAACAGUUGUACACGAUUCCUUUUGAAAGGAACAUUGAGCUGGUCAAGGAACUCCGGCACCAAUACGUCCAGAGAGUCAUGGAGUUGAAGGCUAAACAGACCCCACAUGAAAUCAUUUAUGAAGAUGAGGCAGGGUUUAAACGGACAAAAACACGUCGGAGGGGAAGCAACAUCACCGGGAAAAGGGCCACCGUUGAUGGGUCAGAGGGGAGCAAAUAUCACAAUGUGUGCUGCAGUCUGGAGUGCUGGUCUGGUCCUGCAGAAAUGCCAGAUUGGUCCCUACAACACUGAGCGCUUUCUUUUGACCUCCACCAACAACUGGUGCCAGAAGCAGAAAGGGAACAGCUGGGAGGAAACUUGAGGACAUUUGUGAUUGCAUGGGACAAUGUAGCAUUCCACCAUUCACAUGCAAUCACAAACUGGUCUGCAGCCCAUCCAAGAAUGGUUUCCCUUUUCCUCCCCACUUCUCACCUUUCCUCUCCACUUCUCACCUUUCCUCCCCACUUCUCACCUUUCCUCAACACCAUUGAGGAAUCUUUUCUGCCUGGAGGUGGAAAGUGUAUGAUCAUCGGCCACAUGACAAAAUCCCCUCCUGGAUGCAAUGGAUGCCGGCUGCAGAGACCUCUCAGCUGAAGACUGCCAGGGGUGGAUGAGGCAGGCCAAGCGUUUCUAUCCAAGGUGCUGAGACAUCUCAGCUGAAGACUGCCAGGGGCGGAUGAGGCAGGCCAAGCGUUUCUAUCCAAGGUGCAGAGACCUCUCAGCUGAAGACUGCCAGGGGCGGAUGAGGCAGGCCAAGCGUUUCUAUCCAAGGUGCUGAGACAUCUCAGCUGAAGACUGCCAGGGGUGGAUGAGGCAGGCCAAGCGUUUCUAUCCAAGGUGCAGAGACAUCUCAGCUGAAGACUGCCAGGGGCGGAUGAGGCAGGCCAAGCGUUUCUAUCCAAGGUGCAGAGACAUCUCAGCUGAAGACUGCCAGGGGCGGAUGAGGCAGGCCAAGCGUUUCUAUCCAAGGUGCAGAGACAUCUCAGCUGAAGACUGCCAGGGGUGGAUGAGGCAGGCCAAGCGUUUCUAUCCAAGGUGCAGAGACAUCUCAGCUGAAGACUGCCAGGGGCGGAUAAGGCAGGCCAAGCGUUUCUAUCCAAGGUGCAGAGACAUCUCAGCUGAAGACUGCCAGGGGCGGAUGAGGCAGGCCAAGCGUUUCUAUCCAAGGUGCAGAGACAUCUCAGCUGAAGACUGCCAGGGGUGGAUAAGGCAGGCCAAGCGUUUCUAUCCAAGGUGCAGAGACAUCUCAGCUGAAGACUGCCAGGGGUGGAUGAGGCAGGCCAAGCGUUUCUAUCCAAGGUGCAGAGACAUCUCAGCUGAAGACUGCCAGGGGUGGAUGAGGCAGGCCAAGCGUUUCUAUCCAAGGUGCUGAGACAUCUCAGCUGAAGACUGCCAGGGGUGGAUAAGGCAGGCCAAGCGUUUCUAUCCAAGGUGCAGAGACAUCUCAGCUGAAGACUGCCAGGGGUGGAUAAGGCAGGCCAAACGUUUCUAUCUAAGGUGCAUAGCGAGAGACGACAUAAGAUGUGAUGUGGACAAGAACAUGUGGCCAAAAUGCUGAAGGUGGUAUAGAUUAGAACAGGACUGGACAUGUUUGUGUUUUUUCCCUUCUCUGCCUUUUUUACAGUAAUUGUGUUUUAUUUUUACACAUUGGGAACCAAAAGUCAUGUAUGUUGGAUUUUUUUUUUAUCACUGGCAGCAAUUUCAUGUUGCUAAAUAAAGCUUUUACUGCAGCAAUUCUGUCACUUACUAUUCUUUUCUAUUGUACAUUAUACAAAAUAAAGAUGACUCAUUCACUUUUAGAUAGUGUGUUGCCAAAAAUGCACACAAUUGACACUCAACCCAAAAAUGUAGAGUGGUUUACAGUAAAUGGAAACUGAAUUAAAAAGAACAAUGGAUUUCAUAUUGUCUAUUGUAAAUGGAAACUGAAUUAAAAAGAACAAUGGAUUUCAUAUUGUCUAUUGUAUGCAGGUUCUGAAACAUGAAAAGUAUUGCAGUUUUUGUAAUGCCAUCAACUGUUAGUAUUUUGAAAGUCAUUGUGCUAUGAUUGACGAUAUGUUCCUCGUGGAUAGAAAACAUGUGCUAGUGUUUUGACAGAAUGAUUAGAUAUUGAGUCGGGUUUGACGUGUUUUGAUAGAGUUAGUGUACGUCGAGAAAGUUUUUUUGCAUUUUGAAAUGUAGAGAUGGUAUUUAAUGAACAAAAUGAGGUUUUGAGCAGAAAAUGAACUAUUUGACUAAUUGUGUGACGUAGGUGUGUUGCUAUGUUAAGAGUUUAUAAAAAAGUACCUUAACUAUAGGUAAACGCUUGUUAGCAAUCGUUAAAAAAAGUUUUUAAAGUUUUUAAAGACUGUAAGCCAUGCUUUGUUGUGAAUGGGAGAAUGGGAGUGUGAUACCUAAACCCGAGUUAGCCUAAGGAUCUCAAGUUAGGAGUCAGUUCAGGAGUCCGUGUUGGCCCAGACAUGUUUGAGACGGUUGUAUAGAUUUGAUUUAGCCUGGUCCCAGAUAUGUUUGUGCUGUCUUGCCAGCUCCUAUGGUCAUUGACAUGCACAACACAAAUAGAUCUUGGACCAGGCUGGAUGUGCUUGUCUUAUUUGCUGUGGUCCAGGUGCAGAACAUCUUUCAGAUGGUUGUUGGACAUGUGUUUGUCUUGUUGGUAAAACUUUACUUACGAUGAUGGUAUGUAACAUUCAUAAAGUAUUCAUAAAACCUUGAUAUCCAUGACAUGAAUGUCUAUACUUCUCUGUUACAACAUAUACAGUAUUUACCCUACUCUGGUCCAGGUGCAGAACAUGUCCCAGUCAAUUGAGGUGUUGAACCUACGGACUCAGAGGGACUUCCAGUAUGUCAUGAAGAUGGAGAAUCAGAUGAAAGGGCUCCGGACCAAGUUCAGACAGGUAGAAGAUGACAGGAAGACUAUUAUGGCCAAGAACUUCCAGGAGCUUAAGGAGAAGAUGGAUGAGCUGCAGCCUCUGAUCCCUGUGUUGGAGCAGUACAAGACAGAUGCCCAGCUCAUCUCCUCCUUUAAAGAGGAGAUCAGAAACCUGUCCAUGGUGCUCACAGCUAUCCAGGAGGAGAUGGGGGCAUACGACUAUGACGAGCUCUACCAGAGGGUGCUGAGACUGGACAGCAGGCUCCGCAACUGCAUGGGCAAACUCACAUGUGGGAAAUUAAUGAAAAUCACUGGACCUGUAACAAUAAAGACAUCUGGCACCCGGUUUGGGGCAUGGAUGACUGAUCCACAGGCCUCUCAGAGAAACAACAGGGUCUGGUACAUGGACAGCUACACCAACAGUAAGAUUGUCCGUGAGUACAAGACCAUGGAAGACUUUGUGGCUAAUGUGGUGUCUCGAACCUACAACCUUCCAUUUAAAUGGGAGGGAACCGGUCACGUGGUAUACAAUGGGUCCCUGUACUACAACAAGUACCAGAGCAACAUCAUCGUGAAGUACAGUUUUGAGACGGGUCGGGUGCUGGCUCAGCGGGCUCUGGAGUACGCCGGCUUCCACAAUACCUACCCCUACUCCUGGGGCGGAUACUCCGACAUCGAUGUCAUGGCCGACGAACUGGGCAUGUGGGUGGUGUACGCAACCAAUCAGAACGCGGGAAAUAUUGUCAUCGCCCAGAUGGACCCGGACACCCUGGAAGUCCAGAAGACAUGGAACACGGAAUAUUCCAAACGGAAUGCGGGGGAAUCCUUCAUGAUCUGCGGAACACUCUACAUCACCAACUCUCACCUGACGGGUGCUAAGGUCUACUACUCAUACUCCACCAAGACCUCCAGCUAUGAGUACACAGACAUCCCCUUCCACAACCAGUACUUUCACAUGUCCAUGUUAGACUAUAACGCCAGGGAGAGGGCGCUCUAUGCCUGGAACAAUGGACACCAGGUGCUGUUCAAUGUCACUCUGUUCCACGUCAUCAAAACCGAAGAUGACUCCUAGAAGAGAAAUGAGAACAAAUGUCAGAUGUCCUCAUAUGGACAACAUACAAAUGAGAACAACAACUCUCAAAGAGAAAGCACCAUCAUUUGUGAUAUACAAGGGACCUUGUACUAACUCCCUUGUUCAUAUUUUUUCUUCUCCUCCCUAAAAUGAACUGUGCUGUCUUUACAUUGCCAUUACUUGAAGAAAUCACCUUUUUGUAUUUUCUGGGCCAGAACACUUGAACACGGACAGAAUGGCAUUCCGUUUCCAUUCUUCCUUUUUUAACUUCUUACAUCGCUGCUGAAAAGACGACUUUACUGUAUGGCCUUAUUCACUGCUGUCUUUUGGAUCCGUAUCAGCCGAAGGCUCUAGAUUGCUUUUGUGCAUGAAUGUCUGACAUUUUGUCUGAUGUAAUUUAUGAUGAUAUAUUAGCUACGUUCCUGUUCUAGACAUGUCCUUUAGUUCUCACAGUGUUUGUGGUGAUGUCUAUUUAAAGUAUUUAAACCGGGGAGGUUGAAGAUCAUCCCCUCCAGACUAUUUGCUGCCAUGUAUGUAGAGGUAAUUUAUAACAAAGCAAAAUGGACAGUCUUAUCAACUUAUUAAAAAUAUUGCAGUAACAAUUUUAUGUCUCUAUGUGAGAGUUAAGUCCAUAUAUUUUAUAAAAUACUGUAUCAUAAAAGCGUAUCUGUUUUUAUUUGUCCAUGUUGAAUAAGGCAAUACAUACUCUUAUAGUAAAAACUGAAAUGAACCAAUCCAGCACCAAAUAAAUCCUAUGCUUUUA